GGUGGAGUUAGCUGCUCUUCUUUUGUGUUCUCGUCAUUCGGAAGUGUGCACACACGCAUUUUUCGCUGCUGCUCCCGUACCCAGAGCUAGGCGAAUCUCGUGUUAUUUCCUCCAGAAAAAGAGGUACCUGUAACCGUGUUUCCUGUUUCUCACUGAUAGUGUGAAUCUAGUGAUCGGUCCAGUGCUUCCGUCCGUGGUGAAAGAAGGCUAUCGGUUUUUUCUCGACCACCGCAGCACUGUUCCUAGCAACUGCGACAUUUCCGUCGACCGUAGAAUAAGUACAUAAUGACAGGAACCGAGAAAAAUGCAGCGAAAGCCGUCGAAUCGGCCUCCGAUGGGGAAGAUCAGAUGCCAGACUUCCUGGACGAUCCGGCCUAUAUGAGUUCGGCAUCGCGUCGGAUGAUGAUGAAGGAGGUGAUUAAGGCACUACCUGAUAAGGUCCAGCACCGAAUCAACGCCCUGAAGCAUCUACAGCAAAAGUAUCUGAAGCUGGAGGCAAAAUUCUUCGAGGAGGUGUACGCUCUGGAAUGUAAAUAUCAGGAGCUGUACCAACCGUUGGUUGAUCGUAGGAAAGCGGUUAUCACGGGAGAAUCGGAGCUGGAAGACGGCGAAGCGGAGUGGGUGGAUGAGAGCGACGAUGAGGACAAUGAGGUCGACUGCGAAGUAACGGAGCGCUUCAAGAAGAUGGCAUUGAACUAUAAGAAUCAGCACUCGAAAAUCCUCAAGGAAGGGCAUGGUAUCCCGGCCUUUUGGUUGACCGUGUUCAAGAACACCCAGACGAUGGCCGAUAUGAUUCAACCCCACGACGAGCCGGUGCUGGCGCAUUUAACAAACGUUAACAUCGUGUACAAGACUGACCCGAUGAGCUACGUGCUGGAAUUUCACUUCUCGACCAAUCCUUUCUUCAAAGACACGGUGCUGACUAAGCAGUAUUUCAUGCGGUGCCAGGUCGAUCAGGAGGAACCGUUUAGUUUCGAGGGUCCCGAGAUUUACAAGUGCACCGGCUGCACGAUCCAGUGGAACCCGAGCAAGAACGUGACGGUGAAGACUAUCAAGAAGCAGCAGAAGCACAAGCAGCGCGGAGUCAUACGUACACUGACCAAGACGCUUCCGAACGAUUCGUUCUUCAACUUCUUCAAUCCGCCGCAGGUGCAGGAUGACGAAAAGAACGUGGAUGACGAAACGCAGAUGCUGCUGGCAUCUGACUUUGAGAUUGGCCACUUCCUACGGGCCCGUAUCAUCCCGAAGGCCAUCCUGUACUACACCGGCGAGGUGAUGGACGAAGAUGAUGACGGUGAAGAGGAAGAGGAAGAAGAAGAGGAGGAGGACGAGGAGGAAAUGGAAGAGGAAGAAGGUGAAGAGGAGGAGGAGGAAGAAGAGCGACCCCCGGCGGCUAAGGCCCGGAAAGAGCGAGGUGGUCGUGGGGGUGGCGGCGGCGGCGGAAAGAAAAAGGAAGGACAAACGCAAGCGGAAUGCCAACAGCAGUAGGGGAAUCAAUAUCCUUAUUAUUUGCGUUUCAGUCUAUAUUUUGAAGAAGUUUUUCGUCGUGUUCUAUAUCCACACAUACCGACACAUACACACUCAAACACACACACAUGUACGCAUAUAUAUGAAUGAAUGCAUAUUAAUAUAAAUGACACAAUGUUGCGGAUUGCUCCUUCCGCGAAUUGAUGUUGAUCCUGCUGCUAGCUCGGUACGGAAGAAACGAAACGAUCAGUUGAUGCCGUCGCAAAUCAAUUCCUAACACUUACACGUUUGGUUCGGCAUUUGGAACCACGAAAUUAACCCUCCUUCUGGCGUAACACAGCAACGCAUGUGGGUGCCUGUCUGCCAGUCAGCCAGACAAAUUAUGGAAACUCUGUUAUGUCUCUUCUCUUUUCGUUAUUUUCUACAUCGACAUCUCAAUUCGAAUUCCAAGAAAUAAUCAAAUGAGCAGUUCACUGUAUUUCUUAGGAUUAUUAUAAUUUUCUAAUAAAAAUGUGAUUGGAAAAAUUU